AUGGACACUCCACGUGAUGACCUAGGCGUUCGAGAAGUGUUACACCUUCUUGACGGGCCAGUGGUUGACGCUUCCACAGGCCUGUCUCAUAUUGCAGUCGUCACUGAUCAAGGAUCGCUUUUCACGUGGGGAAAGGGUCUUGAUUUUCAACUGGGUCACGGUAACAAGACUGAACGCAGCGAGCCACAUAUUUUAUUCGAUCCUCGAGAUGUUAAAUGGAAACUGGGUGCCAUGCGGUAG